CUGGAAAUAGUCUCUGGCCCCGAGAAUCGUCCAUGGUUUGGCCCAUGGUAUGGGAUGCCUUAAGCUCCGCUGCACUUAACGACUGUGAAGCAGCUCAAUUCAGGCGUGUACCCUCUGUUGAAAGGGAUUGCCAGCGUAUUCGACGUUUCAAAUUCGGAUCUUCAAGUCAGAGGAUAUCAAAGACUCUGGUCGCCUCAGCCUUCCCAUGACUUCGUUCCGAGCUAGACUGAUUGGGACCUGGGAGCUUGUCUCAUUUCAGGCUGUAAACGUCGCAGAUGAAGCUGAUAUCAUAUAUCCCUUCCAGGGAGACUGGCAUGGUCUCAUCAUGUAUACGUCGGACGGCUAUAGGUCUGUGCAGAUACAGAAUCAAGAAGUUCCACGAACUGGUGGAGGUCCAGUGCCAGGCACUGUUGAAGAUCUAGCCGAGCUUGCCAGGCGGACGACGAACUACACCGGGCCGUACCACUUGAAAGACAACGGCCCAAACGAUGGCAAGCUUUACCACGAGAACAUGAUUUCAAUCCCGAGCAUAUACAAUGGGAUUACCCAGACCCGUCUAGGACACAUAUUUGUUAAAGACGGAGUCCAGCCGCGAUUGGAAUAUCAAGCGCGAUGUUAUCGUGACUUGGAGAAGGGCAAAGGACAAUAGUAACAGCAAGGAGCCCAGACAAGAGGUCUCUACACCUUUCUCGUGACGGGAGCAGCUUGUAGAUACAGAAAGUGGAAUCACUUCAUGAUGAGUUUUCCUGUCUUGACCGUUCACUAUUCAGGCUCGCAGUGGCCUAAUGUUCAUGUGUAGAUUUAUUUCAUGUAUCUCGCCUUUGAAAGGCUAAUUCGGUUCGCAUUGAUUGGGCUCUCUCUUUUG